AGCUUCGGCGGGCGGAAGCCGAAAGCUCCCCGCCGGGCCGCGCCGCGCCGGGACCGCACCGGGGCAGCACCGGGACCGCACCGGGACCGCACCGGGACCGCACCGGGGCAGCACCGGGACCGCAGCGAGGCCACCAUGGCCUCCAUCGGCAGCUUCUUCCGACGGAGCCUGCGGCGUACCGUCCGUAAAGAAGGACAAGAGGAGACCUCUGGUGCAGAAAACAACCCCCCCCGGGGGCCCCAGGGGAAGGCAGCAGAGCGCAGCUCCAUCCUCUCUUCUGCUGGGCAGUUCUUCUUCGAGUACCUGGUGGUGGUGUCGCUGAAGAAGACGUCAGAGGGAGGCUAUGAACCCAAGAUCACCUACCAGUUCCCAAAGCGUGAGAACCUGCUGAAGGGCCAGAAGGAGGAGGAGGAACGACUGCUGCAAGCCAUCCCCCUCUUCUGCUUCCCUGAUGGCAACACCUGGGCCCCUGUCUCUGACUUCAAAAGUGAGACCUUCUCUUUUGUGCUGACCAACGUGGAUGGCAGCAGGAAGAUUGGCUACUGCCGGCGCCUGCUGCCCUCUGGCCGUGGUGUUCGCCUCCCGGAGGUCUUCUGCAUCAUCAGCUGCCUGGGCUGCUUUGGGCUCUUCUCCAAGAUCCUGGACGAGGUGGAGAAGCGGCGGCAGAUCUCCAUGGCUGUGAUCUACCCUUUCAUGCAGGGCCUCCGGGAGUCUCCCUUCCCAGCCCCAGGCAGAACUGUCACCAUCAAGAGCUUCAUCCCCGAGUCAGGCACCGAGCUGAUCGAGCUGACUCGACCUGUGGAUGCCCACCUGGAGCAUGUGGAGUUCCAGGCUCUGCUCCAGAGGCUCAGCCCCCAGCUCAUCCUGCACAUCUUUGCCUCUGCCGUGCUGGAGCGCAGGUUGAUCUUCCUGGCAGAGGAGCUGAGUGUCCUGUCACAGUGCAUCCAUGCAGUUGCUGCUCUCCUCUACCCCUUCACCUGGGCUCACACCUACAUCCCUGUGGUCCCUGAGUGCCUGCUGGACACUGUCUGCUGCCCCACGCCCUUCAUGGUUGGCAUCCAGAUGAGGCACCUGGAGCGGGUCCUGGAGCAGCCGAUGGAGGAGGCUCUGAUAGUUGACCUCUCUGGGGGGAAGAUCAUCCAGGAGGUGGGUGAUGAGGAGGAGAUCCUGCCCAUCAAGCUGCAGCAGGAGGUGCUGAGCUCUCUGAGCAGGCACAACAGCAACAACAACGUCCACACCCCCGAGGAGGUGAACUCCCUGGUGUCUGAAGCCUUCGUGCAGUUCUUUGUCCGCCUGGUGGGGCACUACUCCUCCCACAUCAAGUGGGGCAGGAAUGGCUCUGGCACCUUCCAGGAGCGUCCCUUCUGCAAGGCCAUCGCCUCCCGCAGCUGCCGCAGGUUCGCCAAGAGGUUCGUCAAGACCAACAUGUUCUGCCUGUUCAUCGAGGAGGCAGAGAGGAGCAGGAUCCCACAGGAAGCCUAUUUCCAGAGGAAGAUUGCAGAGUACCAGGAGCAGAGGAGGCACCGAAGGGACUCCUGAAGUGCAGGCUGGCAGAGAGCAGCAGGACUGGCACCCACCAGCAGCACCACACUGCCUAGACUCAACGUGUGCCCUGUGCCAAGGGCAGAGCUGGAUGGACUCUACUGGACCUUGCAGCCUGGUUCCUACCCACCUGUGACUCCUGAGACGUGUGUGGGCAGCACUGGGCACCAGUUUCCAGCUUUGCUUUUCCCCUCAGGGCAUCACUGCACUGGAGGACUGCUCAGCAGGCAGCUGCCACCAGGCUGGGCUUUCUUUCCCCCCUCCCCCCCAUCUUGCUAGCAGCUGGGACACAAAGUGCUGGCUCCUGACCCUGUCAGCACCUCACAGAGGGAGGGAGAGGUGCUGGGGGCAGGAGCCAAGGGGUUGGGGAGUCAAGGAGAGAGGAAAAUCCUAAAGGGUGAGGAAGGAGCAGAGCUGCUCCUGAUUAAAGCAAACCCAGGGGCUGCAGAUCAGCUGCACCCCAUGGCA